UCCGCCGCCACCGCCGCCGCCGCCGCCGCUGUGAUGCGGAGCCGGUGCUGCGCCGGGCGGUGGAGUCAGAGCCCGGGCGCGGGAGCACGAGCUGCAACAUCAGCACCGGCGGCGGCGGCGGCAGCAGCACCUGCACCAGCUCCCGGGCCCCGCGCUGCGCUCUCCGCCCUGCCGCGCCCGGGGCCGCCGCCCCGCGCUCUCUAUGGAUGUCAAAGCGGCCCCCAACGGGGUGGCCACCAUCGAGGACCGGAUCCUGCGGAUCACUGGCUACUAUGGCUAUUACCCGGGUUACUCCAGCCAGAAAAGUACCUCCAGAUCAUCAGUUACUCGAUGUAAACCAGGAGCCAACUGCCCCAGUUCACACAGUGGCAUCAGUAGGCAACUGUCCCCUCUUUCUGUCACCGAAGACUCUUCUGCUCCUAUUCUUGAACUUCAGAGCCGAGGAUCUUCUGGAGUUUGCGGACAUAGAGUCGAAAGGCAGAACAGAUCAGGGGAUGAUGGAACACAGACUCAUCCUGAGAACAGCAGCCAAGAAAACAGAAUCAAGGCUCGCUGCCGGUCAUGCACGUCCAUGGUUCUGAAGGCCGUCUGGGGACUUUUGAUCAUCUUGUCAGUCUCAUCGUCUUGGGUUGGAACCACACAGAUUGUAAAAAUUACUUACAAGAACUUCUACUGUCCAUUUUUCAUGACUUGGUUUUCAACAAACUGGAACAUUAUGUUUUUCCCAGUCUACUAUUCUGGUCAUCUGGCCACUGCUCAAGAAAAGCAGUCUCCAAUGAAAAAAUUCAGGGAAUGCAGUCGGAUUUUUGGUGAAGAUGGUCUGACAUUGAAGCUCUUCCUUAAAAGAACUGCUCCCUUUUCUAUUCUAUGGACUUUGACUAAUUACCUGUAUUUACUGGCUUUAAAGAAGUUGACAGCCACGGAUGUCUCUGCUCUGUUCUGUUGUAACAAAGCCUUUGUCUUCUUGCUGUCGUGGAUCGUGCUGAAAGACAGGUUCAUGGGAGUGAGGAUAGUUGCUGCAAUAAUGGCCAUUACCGGCAUCGUCAUGAUGGCAUAUGCAGAUAAUUUCCACACUGAUUCGAUCAUAGGAGUGGCCUUUGCAGUGGGUUCAGCCUCUACGUCUGCAUUAUACAAGGUUUUGUUUAAGAUGUUUCUCGGAAGUGCCAACUUUGGUGAAGCGGCACACUUUGUCUCCACGUUGGGUUUCUUCAAUUUAAUCUUCAUCUCUUUCACCCCGGUCGUCCUGUAUUUCACCAAGGUGGAACACUGGUCCUCAUUUGCAGCUCUGCCGUGGGGCUAUCUCUGUGGGAUGGCCGGGCUGUGGCUGGCCUUCAACAUCCUGGUGAAUGUCGGCGUGGUGCUGACAUACCCAAUCCUGAUCUCCAUUGGGACAGUGCUCAGCGUUCCUGGAAAUGCAGCUGUGGAUCUCCUGAAGCAGGAGGUGAUAUUCAAUGUUGUCCGCCUGGCCGCUACGAUCAUCAUCUGCAUUGGGUUUCUGCUGAUGCUCUUGCCAGAGGAGUGGGAUGAAAUUACCCUCAGAUUCAUCAAUAGCCUGAAGGAAAAGAAGAGCGAGGAGCAUGUGGACGACAUUACUGAUUCCAAUGUACACCUGCGGAGCAGAAGCAGGGCCAAUGGGACAGUGUCUAUACCACUGGCUUAAUGAGGGACCCAUUUUGA